AUGACAUCACGACCUCCAAAUCACGAUACGACCGAGGAGGAGUUGUCAAGACGAAGGAACUUCAAGAAGCACAAGGUGCUCCCUCAUCCGUCGAGGCAAAGAGAGAAUGCUGGGAAGACAGUCAACGAUCAGCGAUCUUCGCAAGCAAGGCGUACCCUCAGCUCGAGCGAUGCGCAAUCGCGUAAGAAGACUUCGCAGUCGCCAAAUUCGCCUACCCUGAAGCACCAGUCAAGACGGAUUCGAAGUGGCCCCGUCAUGCCUCCGACGCCCCCCGCCCACUCGCGAACCUCUUCAAGUAGUCACUCAAUACAGCUGCACAGCCCGACGGACCCUGCAACACCCUCUCAGAGCCUCGAAAAGGCCUCGACGCAUCUCGAAAGACCCACGACGCCCCAGAAUCAGCAGAGUCCCCCAACACCUGACGUGACACCCCCUCAACCAGCCACUCGCCCCAAGGCAUUGCGGCCCGUCUUUGGUGAUCGCUCCAUUUCAAAACCCACUACGUCAGAGUCUCGAACCGAGUCCUUUCGUACGGCCAGGGAAGAGCCAUAUUCGUCCGAAGAUGACUGCAAGUCCACUGUACGACCGAGUCUACCAUCUCCACGUACAUCGCAGACUACCGUUCGGCAGAUUUCACAACACAAGGUUAAGAAAGCGUCGCAGCUGGGCGGCAUCGGACUCGGACUCGACUUUGACCCCAAGACCGACGACAGCCUGACACCGAGAACGAAAGGAGAGUUCAUCAAAUUUGACGCUGGGUGGGAAUCGCCCAAUGAAGUGGAAAAAGAAUGGGACGACAACCUAGGCAGACAUGUCAUGAAAACUUGCAAAGGUCGAAACCGGCAGCGUCAGAAAGCUCUAGCGCCCCAGAUCACAGGAGGUUUUCCGGAAUGUCCUGCAAAGUCAAGUGUGUCCACAGUCGUUGAGGCGAUCUUGGUCGACACACCCUCGCCGCCUCAGCGACAACAGACUCUGCGCCAUAUGAGGAAACGAGGAACCUUGCGAGAUUCACUCUCUGAUCAAUUACCGGGAAGUUCUGCCCCUAGUUCUGCAAUCCGACUCGAAGAAACCAGACAGCAGCCACCAGCUAGCCGGCCACCUGAUUCACGCCGUGAGAGUCACACGUCUGCGACGACCCACAACUCCAUGUCAAGCAACAAAGCUCGCCGCGAGGUGUGGAAGAAUGGAGGAAUCCCGGUCGUCGUUGUACCUGACCGGAGAUCAUCCAACAGAUCCAGCCGGACGCCUUCUCUGAGAUCAACGAGCAGCCAUCGGACCCGACGCAGUCUGAGUGUAAACUCGGUGCAGCGGGUGAACGCUGCUAAAAGUCAUGACUUGACACCCCUGUUUGAUAGGCCUUCCCGCAGACGAUGGACCAUGUCGGAAUCUGACGGAUCUGAUCAAAGAACUAUUGAUUAUCCUCCUGCCAUCCCGGCGAGAUCCUCAUCUCUGUCAGCCCCAACAAGCCGCAACACUUCACGCGCUGGGUCAAUGACAGCGGAAAGCCUCAGAGCACACAAUGCAGUCCAGCAGCGCUUGACCCCGGAGGACAGAAUGGUCUCGACAGAUCUAAAAAGCACCCCUUCAUUCUUCUUAGCGCAGGAAGAUUACAUGCAUGCUCGUCCAAAUGUGCACCGGCCCGACGCCGAGUCGUAUAGCGGCAAGAGAUUGUCACACCAGAACACACCUUUUUCAGUCGCUUCCCUGGACACGAAUGGAAGUUUUGGAACUGCUGCUGAGGUCUCAGAAGCUCUUGCUGUCAGCAUCUACCCUCAUCAAAACUCGUCUUUGCUCAUGGUCCAUCACGCUGUGAAACCAAAUGACGAUGGAGAUGUGUUUCAAGACAGAGCUGCCAUAGAGAACAACGACCUUGCACCUGAGAUGCCCGGCGCAGCCCCAGCAAGACCGAAAAUCGUCACAACCUCUCCGGGCGGCUCAGUCCCCGUGACACCACCGCAGACACAGCUUGCGCUUGAACAAGUUGACUCACCGCUCAAGAAUCCACGCGCCCCUCCAGUGCCGCCGACGCUUCCAGCUAUUCAAUUCAUCCCUGCCACACCGUCAGGGCUGACGCCAUUCCACGAACGCCAGGAGAUGCGAGGCAAUUACUUUGAGGCGAUGGAGGAGGAUGAAAAGCCCCCCAAGCGAAGCAUGUCUCUGGUGCGGAGGGCAUUGCUCCAACAUCGACGCACCUCGGAAGCUUACCCUCCAAAGACGGCUCGGCCUGGAUUCCUCACGCGCACCCUAUCUCUUUCGCGCAGUAACCGAAGGGAUGCGAGUACAGAGCCACUUGCUAGAGACUCGCCGUACCCGAACAUUGACGACCCACCCGCAGAUGGUAGCAAGCUGCAUCCCUUCUGGAGACCAGCCUAUGCCGACGACGAAGGAGACAACUACGUUCGAGAUAUCGAUGACGAAGAGUACUACUACGAAGCCAAUCGCAAGCGACCGGGUCCACAACGGAGCCUGAGUGCACGGAUGAAACGGACAUUUGCUAUCUUACCACAGCGCGACCAACAUGGCUACCGUUCUUGGUCAGGCGAGGACGGACUUGACCGACGCAUUAUCCGUCGUACACCGAGCGGCAACUUGCGCGUCGUACGACGCCGGAAGAGCGCGGAGUCGAUCCCGCGCCAGUCGGACCGACCCUACACAUCCGACGGUACCUCUUCUUCGAGGUUUUUGUGGCCCGCUCGUGGCCGCCCGAGAGGAGAGACGCCAUCGACCCCGAGGCGGCGAUUCUCCGUAUCGCACACUAUCGAGGAAAUACAGGGCUUGCCCAGACGGCUAAGCGAGCGCAGAAGAGAAAGGCGCACGCAUGAGCUGCGGCAGAAGAUCAGUGGUCCCAGAGAGGUGCGGGACGGCGUGGGAGAAGUAGUACGGAGCGGCAGUCAGCGCAGCCACCGGGAGGUGACUGAGAACUAG